CUCACAACCAUACAUCAUGUCCCUCGACCCUUCUUCCUCUGCUCUACAUCUCAAUCUCCCUCCUUCUUCCUCUUCUCAAGCUCGCCCGCCUACUCUCAUCGUCGUUCACCCAUCCGUCAUCGCCUCCAUCUUGAUACACCACCAGCGUCGUCCCGCAACAUCCACAGUACAACGUGUCAUCGGCACUCUUCUCGGUAUCCGGAAUGAAACUGGUCUAGAAGUCGAAGUUCGCAGUUCUUUCGCUGUACCUCAUUCUGAAGGUGAAGAAGCCGUCACGAUAGAUAUGCCUUUUCAACAAAGUAUGGCCGGUUUGAUCUCCCGUGCAGGACCUAAAGAGGUUAUAGUGGGAUGGUACGCAACCGAUGCUGAGAUCAACGCCAAUUCUGCUCUCAUGCAAGCUUAUUUCACCGCUCAAUCCUCCCCAUACGCCGCUAUACAUCUUACGGUCGAUAUGAACCUUACUCCUGAGGGUAAUGGUUUAGGUGUGAGAGGUUGGUUCGCACAACAAAUAGGAGAUAAAAGUGAGAAUUGUGUUUUCAUGCCUGUUCCUGUUCAAGUGAAACAAGGCGAGGCUGAACGUGCUGCAUUAAACCUCUUAUCAUCUCCUAAUCCUCAACCUUCCCUUCCACCUCUUCCCGCCCUUUCAUCCUCUUUGUCGGAACUAUCCAACCUCAUCGACGCCUGUUUGACAUACGUACAAUCCGUAAUCAAAGGUGAUGUCGUAGCAGAUCCAGAAGUAGGACGAUAUCUUCUCGAAGGAGUUGGAAGAUGGAGUAAUGCGAGUGAGGAAGAAGGUGUAAAGAAAGGUUUACAGGAUACUUUAACAGUGGAAUACGUGGCGAAUCUCGUGAGGAGUCAAAUGGAGUUGAGUGCGAGAUUAGCUUUGUUACCUCAGGCUUGAGCUUUUAUACUUUUAUUCUCUCAUUCUCCCUCAUGUCGUGAUUUCGACUUGAACCCAUUUGAACCGUUUGAUCAUGGAUGAUUCUUAGGCGACAUGCCUAAGACCAUGAUGCAUGAUCAUGGACAAAAGUGUAGAAAGACAAGAGUCAUUUCCAAUGCAUCUCGUUGGCCUAUCUUU